GAUCAAAAUGCUGGAAUUGUUGCCAGACUUCAGGAGCCGGGCUCCAUCCCAAGCGGAGGCUCUGUGCCGGCACCAGCCACGGUGAAUGGCUACACAAUGAGGAACCAUUUACUGAAGCAGCAAAUAAUGAAACGACAGCUGAUGCAGGAAAAGCAGAGACAAAACAUGCUGGGAGUAACAUCUGAGCAGAGGAGUUUGUUUGCAGCUCAGCAGAUAAAUCAGUUUCAAGCCGUGCAGCAGCCCAUUCCCACUGACUGCAGCCAGGUGAUGCCAGCUCCUCCGCCCAACCACCGCAUGCUGCCGUCUAACCCAGCCAUGCUCCAGAGCACCUUGGGCUCUGGCAUGGCCCCAGCCACCGCCAGCCAGAGCAGCGGGACGAUGGUGAUGAUUCCACACAACCCUGGCAAGCAGCAGGGGGUUUUUCCGCCUAAUUCUGACUUUAACAUCCCGCUGCGGCCGAGCCAGAACUCGCUGGGCAUGAACUCGGGGUGCCAAACAGUACAUAGCCACUCUGCUGUGCGGCCCGGAAUGCAAAAAAUCAGUUCUGUUUCCUUAGCAAAUCCCUCUGCGACUCAGCAACACUUGAGGCAGCCGAGCAUGCCAAGAAUCCCUAACGUCUACCCUAGCUCAUCUGCCCAGAUGUGGACGCCGACCGCCGUGCCAAGAAUGCCCAGUCAAAGCCAAAUGGAUACCAGCAUGCAGCAGUUUUCCAGUAACACUCUUUUCUCCAAGCAGAACGUGAGACCAAGCACUCCGGGUCAGCAGUUCUCCCAGCAGGCUGUAGUGCCGCCUAAUCAGAUCGCUCCCGGCGUCCAAGUCAGACAGAUGCAAAAACUGAGCAUGGGGCAGGCUGGCCAGGGCUUGAGCUCAAUGAGUAAUCAGAACUUGAGACACAAUUUAACCAGAGGACCAUUGCCAGCUAUGAAUGUUAUGAAAUCGAUGCCACAAGGAGUGUCCAGUUUUAACCAGCUCAAUCCUGCCUCGGGCCUCGGCCCGCCGAGCUACCCCUCCACGGGCCAGCCGCCCGACACCUUCAACAGGAUGAGCGCCGCUGCCGAGCUGCCGCAGUAUGACUUUGUGUCCCAGCACAGCAGUUCGAUCAUGCCCGCGAACUGCAGUGACGCUGACUUCCUCGACUCCCUCAUGAAGAACAGCAGCAGCAGCAACGACGAAGAGUGGUUGAACAAUCUGACAAUGAUAGACGACAUUUUGGGACAGCACGCUCAAAGCUCCGGACAUGUUUAG